AUGAGGAUGGAGGGCGGGGAGGAGAAGCAGGGCGCCGUGGGGCUACGCUGCACCUGGGACAUUCCACCACCCGCUGGCACCCAGGCCAAGUGGGUGAGGCUCAAUGUGGGGGGCACCAUCUUCCUCACCACCAGGCAGACCCUGUGUCGGGAGCAGAAAUCUUUCCUGUGUCGCUUGUGCCAGGGCGAGGAGCUGCAGUCGGACCGGGAUGAGACUGGUGCAUACCUAAUAGACCGGGACCCCACUUACUUUGGACCCAUCCUGAAUUUCCUCCGUCAUGGGAAGCUGGUCCUGGAUAAAGAUAUGGCUGAAGAGGGGGUCCUAGAAGAAGCUGAGUUCUAUAACAUUGGUCCUUUAAUCCGAAUAAUCAAGGAUCGACUAGAGGAGAAGGACUACACAGUAACUCAGGUGCCUCCUAAGCAUGUCUACCGUGUGCUGCAGUGCCAGGAAGAGGAGCUCACUCAGAUGGUUUCCACUAUGUCAGAUGGAUGGCGCUUUGAGCAGCUUGUGAACAUUGGCUCAUCCUAUAGCUAUGGGAAUGAGGAUCAGACGGAGUUCCUGUGUGUGGUCUCCAAAGAGCUGUACAACUCCCCCAAUGGCUUGAGCUCUGAGCCCAGCCACAAAGCCAAGGUGAGAGCAUUUGCUAUGGCCUUGCUCCCAUUGCCUAUGAGAUCCUUCACUCUUGUUUGCUCCCUCUUUCUUUCUCUUUCCACUGUGACUGUGGGGCACCUCAGUGGUAAAAUACAGGGCUUGUUGGUGUUCAGCACCGUGGUAUUACACCCAUUGCCCAAAAGGAGGAGUGCGUGUGUUGAGAGUGGUGGUGUCCAGCUGUGUGUGGCAAAUGGCUUUAGCAAGUGA